UAUUUAGGUGGUGCUGAUGAGGAUUUGGUUUAUGUUGAGCCUGUGGACUAUGUGGCUGAGCCUGAAGGUUUUUUGCCAAAGGUGAAGAAUACUGAGGUGAGGGCAUGGUCAUUGGAGGUGCAUUCAUUGUGGAAGAAUUUGAGUAGGAAAGUGUCUGAUCAUGUGUUGGAAAAGCCUGAGUUGUAUACUUUGCUUCCAUUGAAAAAUCCAGUUAUUAUACCGGGAUCGCGGUUUAGAGAGGUUUAUUAUUGGGAUUCUUACUGGAUGAUAAGGGGCUUGUUAGCAAGCAAGAUGUAUGAAACUGCAAAAGGAGUUGUAACUAAUCUGAUUUCUCUGAUAGAUCAGUUUGGUUAUGUUCUUAAUGGUGCACGAGCGUAUUACAGUAACAGAAGUCAGCCUCCUGUCCUGGCUGCGAUGAUUGUUGACAUAUACAAUCGAACGGGUGAUUUAGAUUUGGUUAGAAGAUGUCUUCCUGCUUUGCUCAAGGAGCAUCACUUUUGGAAUUCAGGAGUACAUAUAGUGACUAUUCAAGAUGCUCAGGGAUCGACCCACAGCUUGAGUCGAUACUAUGCUAUGUGGAACAAACCUCGGCCAGAAUCGUCAACUAUUGAUAGAAGAACAGCUUCCAAACUCCCAAAUAUCUGUGAAAAAAGAGAAUUUUACCGCGAUCUGGCAUCAGCUGCUGAAAGCGGAUGGGAUUUCAGUUCAAGAUGGAUGAGGAACGAAUCUGAUCUCGCAACAACUACUACAACAUCGAUUAUACCAGUUGAUCUGAAUGCAUUCCUUCUGAAGAUGGAACUUGACAUAGCAUUUCUAGCAAAUCUUAUUGGUGAAAGUAGUGUGGUUACACAAUUUACAGAAGCUUCUCAAAAUCGACAAAGGGCCAUGAACUGUAUCUUUUGGAACGCAGAGAUGGGGCAAUGGCUUGAUUAUUGGCUUGACAGCAGCAACAAAUCGGAGGAUAUUUAUAAAUGGGAAGAUCUACACCAGAACAAGAAGUCAUUUGCCUCCAAUUUUGUUCCUUUGUGGACUCAAUUAUUUAGUUCAGUUGUAGAUGAUAUCACAACUCAGAGAGUAGUUCAAAGUCUCCGAAGCUCGGGCCUGCUUCAAUCUGCAGGGAUUGCAAUGACCUUGUCCAAUACUGGACAGCAAUGGGAUUUUCCAAAUGGUUGGUCACCCCUUCAACACAUGAUCAUUGAAGGUCUCGCAAGGUCCGGCCUAGAAGAGGCAAGAACCUUAGCUAAAGACAUUGCUAUCCGGUGGAUAAGAACGAACUAUGUAGCUUACAAGAAAACCGAUGCAAUGUAUGAAAAAUAUGAUGUCACGAGAUGUGGAGCAGCCGGAGGUGGUGGUGUGUAUGUAGCCCAAACUGGUUUUGGAUGGACAAAUGGUGUUGUACUGGCACUUUUGGAGGAAUUUGGAUGGCCUGAAGACUUGAACAUUGACUGCUAUUGAGCAAGUAGAGUCAGUGGCGGAGCCAGGAUUUUCACUAAGUGGAGUCAGAAAUAAACACGGACUAAUCGAAGGGAGUUUAAUAUCUACUAUAUAUACAUAAAAAUAUUUUUGACCAUUUAAAUUAGUAUAAAAAUAGUAUAAUUUUUCGUCAAAGGAGAUUGGAAUGAACCCCGAAUCCAAGAUGGCUCCGCUACUGAGUAGAGUCAUCAUGAAAUUAAUGAGUUUACCGUCGAUUGUCAGCUUAUAG